AGGAAAGAAAAGAAGGGAAAAGCAAAGGAUGAUGAUGAGGAGGCGUGGCGUGCGGUGGCCCUGUUUCAUUUCUGAGAAACUGUUUUUUAGAGAGAGAAAGAGAAGAAAGAAUAUAUAUAUAUAUAUAUGUAUGGUUUUUGCAGAGGCAUGCAAAAAAACAAUUGAGACCCACUAUACAUUUAAUCAUCAAAAGCAUUUCUUCCUUUUUCUUUUUCUUUUUUCACUUCCUUCAAUUCAUUUUAGAAAUUAAAAGAAAGGAGAUAUUGCUAGCAGUCAUUAUUCUAAUCUGUUUACUUGUUCCUGGUUCCCCUGAUGCUUGACACGGGAGCUUUCAUUCAAUCAUUUUACUUGCUUAGAAGCUUAGAAAUAUACGCGCUUCAAGGGUUAGUUAUCUCAAACUUCCUAUAACCCCCUUCCUUGGCGUUUUCUGUAUUUCCAUUACGUUUUUCUUUUUUUUUUUUUUCUUUUAAGGUCUGGGAUUUGAUCUGUUGUUACAAGUAGACAAGGCGAAGAAAUUGGUUAUACAAGCAUUCUUGUAGCUGGUAAAAUACUUGUAUUAAGCAACUCCUGAUUUUGCUUGCUUACUGUUUUCUUCUUGGCAAGGAAUAUCUUACAACGAUUGAUAUAUGCAGUAUUGAGAUGAAAUGAAAUUAGUUUGGUUUUCAAAAUCAGCUGGAAACUACCCAGCUUUUCGUUUCUCUGCUUUCUUUUGCAAGAUUUGGUUUUGAUUGUAAAUUAAAUAGCUUCUUUUUCUUUUUUAAAAAUAUAAGUUUUGGUUUUGGAACUGCUGUGAAUUAUUGGUGAAGCAAAUGGCUGAAAUUAGAGUGACAAGGGUAGAACAAGGCCAAACCAAGAUUAGAAACGUGCCAAUUGCUGUAACCCCAGAAGGUUUUUGGUGUUGUCCCUCUCCUGUUGUGUUCCAGAAAUCCCUUAAAGCACAAAAUCCUCUAAACAAACCUAAAUCCUCCUCCCCACCACCCAAAACUACAGUCCAGAAGAAACAAACCUCUUUGACUGAGAAAAAGUCAACAUCUACCCCAAUCAGAUCAGGGUUUGCCUCUGAUGAUCAACAAAAUUUUGUCUCUGAUACACCUGCCGUUACUCCACCAGUGGUUCCUGAGAGGCCAUCAAGACCUAAGGUAGAAAACUUGCCAAGAAAGGUGGCAAUUGAGUUUGGUGAAGCUGGAACCAGUGAUAUGAAAGUAGUAUUACUUGGAAAGCAGGGAUUUUGUGUCAAAUUGAGUGUCCAUAAAAAUGUUUUAGCAGGGCAUAGCAGCUUUUUCAAAGAUAAACUUGCCAAACAGGAGUCUGGUUUCUCUUGUCUUGAAGUGGAUGAUUGUGAGGAUAUUGAAAUUUAUGUUGAAACUGUGGGCCUUAUGUAUUGCAAAGAUAUGAAGCAGCGGUUGAUCAAGCAAAAUGUUUCGCGUGUCCUUCGGAUUCUCAAGGUUGCUGAGACACUUGGCUUCAACUCAUGCAUUGAGUCAUGCUUGGAAUAUUUAGAAGCAGUUCCUUGGGUUGGGGAAGAGGAAGAAGAAAAAGUGGUUUCAUCAGUUUUACGACUGCAGGGUGAGGGAAUUGGGGUCAACCCAGUGUUGAAACGAAUUGCUUCUGAAUUCUCUAAUCCACCUGGAGACACACUUUCCCACAUAAUGGAACUUGUUCUCAAAAGUAAUGAGGAGAAAGGACGGCGUGAAAUGAAAUCCGUAGUCCUGAAGCUCCUUAGAGAGCACAACAGUCUCCCUAGUCACGCAGGUUCGGCGGACAUCUCUAAUGAAACAAUUUAUGCCUCUUGCAAAAGCUGCUUGGCUUCACUGUUGUCUCUAUUCAAAGAGGCCAUUGAACCCAAGUUUGCUGAUAAAUUAAUGGACACCAAAGAACCUGUGGUGAAGCAAAUAGCUCUAGAAUCUGAUAACCUCUCAUGGUUACUUGAGAUUUUGAUUGACAAGCAAGCAGCAGAUGAGUUUGCUUUAUUAUGGGCUAGCCAACAAGAAUUAUCAGUGUUGCAUGAAAAGCUGCCAAUCGUGACUCGAUACCAUGUUAACCGCAUUACAGCAAGGCUUUUUGUUGGUAUUGGAAGAGGGGAGUUGCUACCAUCAAAGGAUACUCGUCAAAUAUUGUUACAAGCCUGGCUGCAGCCUUUGAUCAAUGACUACAGUUGGUUGCAACACGGGUGUAGGUCGUUCGACAGAAAAGUCGUCGAGGAAGGAAUCGGUAGGACAAUUCUCACUUUACCACUUGAGGAGCAGCAGAGUAUUUUGCUUUCGUGGUUGGGUAGCUUUCUGAAAGUUGGUGAUAACUGCCCAAACUUGCAGAGAGCCUUUGAGGUUUGGUGGAGGAGAGCUUUCAUUAGACCUUAUACCAAUUCACAAGGUAACCUACAUCAGUCAGAUGACUCAAUGACAUUGAAGCAGUAGAUCUGAAGAGAAAACCAAUUCGAGUUACAGUAAUGAUAUAUGUAAAUUAUAUAGAAAUUGUAUUUCACAGUUUGGAGUAAGAACUUGCCUUCAGGCUCCAGGCUGCAGGCAAUGCAUUUGUAUGCUUCUUGAUGUAUCUUUUUGAGUUAUAUUAGUCAUGAUUUUAAUGAAAAAUCAAGGCUAAACUUUUUGGGUA